AUAUAAUAUGAACAAAUGAGUUUGGAGACGAAACUGUCACAUUGUUGGUUUCAGUGUUCCAAGGGAUUUGUUGACAAUAAAAACAAUUAUGGGAUAUCUUCAGCCUUUCCCUUUUUAAAAAAAAAAAUCCCUUUGUUUUACACGGACAUAGAGCUGCAACUAAAGGAGGUAUCCUUAUCCUAAAAGCUUGCAUAAAAAUAACACAAAAAUCCAUCACAUAAGUGCAUGAACAGUUCAAGAGUGCUGGUUUCUGAAUUGUAACCUCAUCACUAAUGUGCUUAAUUUGGUUGAAUAAUUUUGAUAGGGCUUCUAUAACAGCAAAUGUUAAUUUUUGAUGAAAGUGAGGAAAAUAAACUGUCCCCAGUGCUUUGCUAUUGAAGAGCGGAAUAAAUAGAUGAAGGGAAAAGCUUUGGGAUGCAUCCAAGCUGCUGCUUGAAGUUGGUAAUGUCUUUCAUUUUAGCCAAUAAUAGUGCAAGUAUUUUCCAUAUUCAUCGUCAUCCAAGACUAAAGGGGUAAUUAUGUGACAACUUUAAUAAGGUAGAGUCUCAUGCUGAGGUAAUUUUUUUUAACACAUAGCUUCUUUCCCCUUAUCUUGCAUUCAGAAUUUGACAAAACGUGUUGAGCGUUUGACUUUGAAUACUAUUUUAAGCUCAACACCUUUACCCAGAAAGACGAUGUCUAAGAAGAUCCCCCAGUGCUCUGCACUGGAUCAGGCGGAGCAUGAUCAGCCUCCCAGCCGUUGUCAAGUGGACCGGUCGGCACUGGGGUGUAGAAACAAGGCUGAAACAGGCCAAAGAAAUGGCGAAACGGCCUCAUCGUCUCCAGAGAGCGGCAGCUUGAACGGAGAUGGAAAGCGCAGCGGGAAAAGCCGCCGUCGCAAGAAACGUUCAUCCAAUCCUGAGAGUCAGCCUGAGGGGAAGGUUGAGGGUAAGACCAAGAACGAAGAGAAGCCAGACAAAAGGUCCAGCCGGCCUCCUCCUGACCCCCGUGCAGGGCUGAUCGGCCUGCAGUCCGAAUGUGCUAAUGUGUGGUUUGAACGCAGCGUUUACGAGCGAGCUGAAAGCCUCUACCAGUGCUGGCUGGCCAGCUCCUCCAAUGGGACCACUAAGUCAAACCGCUCACCUCCAGCCCCGGUGAAACACUCAAACUCUACAUCCGCUGUAGCUCCAUCUUCCUCAGGACUGGUGUGCCACCAUGGCGAGCAAGUGGCCUGCCAUCAUGUCGUCCAGGCCGUGUGGGUGAACAAGACGACCUUUGACCAAGCAGAACGCCGCUACGUUGAAGAAUCCGUGCAGCCGAACAUUCCCAACUCUCUGGACCUCCCGUCCCCGCCGAACCGCUCCAAUGCCGCCAAAACGCCUGAUGAAGGUUAUCAGUCUCUAGCCCCGACCCCCGCGACCCCCGUCAUCCAGCAAGCAGCUGUCACAGCAACCAAUCGACAGUCGAUUAACGGACUUCCCCGUAUCCCCGUGGAGCUGCUCAGAGACGUAUGGCUGGAGAAACCGCUGUAUGACCGCGCCGAAGCCGCCUUCUACCAGAAUCUGUACGGUAACAAUUCCUCCAAGCGGUCCAGCUGCGGCUCCACUUCCAGAAGUAGCGACCACCCUCAAAGCCUCGUAGAAGAGGAGGAAGAGGAAGAAGAUGAGGAUGCGGCGGUGGAGGAAAAACGGGCGGUCCCCCAGGGUAAAGCGGAGAUCUUCCACGCUCUGCUCCCCAUUCAGGAGGAGGAGGAGCCAGCAGAGGUCUCGGAGAAGGAUGAUGAUUCAGGGCCCGGAGUCUGCUACCUCGUUCACCCAGACAGCGAGCGGGUGUGGCUGGACAAGUGGCGGUAUGAUACCGCAGAGAGCCGUUUCCAUGGUCGGAGGCUAGAAGCGGCAUCAGUCGCCUCCACCGCCCCCCUGAGGGACAAAACCAUGGCUUCAGUGGACUUCCUGGCCCAGGAGAAGAUCUGGUUUGACAAACCUCGCUAUGACGAGGCAGAGAGACGCUUCUACGAGCGCAUGAACGGUUCCUCACCACCAGCACAGGAUGUCGGUGCCAACAGCAUUCUGCAAGACAUUGCUCGAGCCCGGGAGAACAUUCAGAAAUCUCUAGCAGGACUGAAGACAACACUGUGUAGCAGAGGGUCUGGUCAACCUUCCCUGACGCAACAGUCCCAGCUUAGCAGCAGCAGUGCAGCUGAUCAGGGAGAAAUCGUCUGCCGCAUCAAGAGCCUGGAGCUGGAGAACCAGUCCUUACACAAAGUGGUGGAGGACUUGAGGGCUGCACUUUCCAAACUGGAAUGCCGGGUAUCAGUUCUGGAGAAAUCUCCUGCAGUUGUGACCCCUGCUCCCACUCCUACAGUUCCCUACACAAAUGGCACUACCAUCCAGCAGAAGAGCAGCGCCCCAGUUAAAGACGAGGAAGAAGACGAUGAUGACGAUCUCGACUUGUUUGGGAGUGAUGAUGAUGAUGAAGAGGCAGAUAAACUCAAAGAGGAGAGGUUGAAAGCGUAUGCAGAGAAGAAGGCCAAGAAGCCCGGCCUCAUCGCCAAGUCUUCCAUCUUAUUGGAUGUCAAACCUUGGGACGAUGAAACUGACAUGGCGAAGCUGGAGGAGUGUGUGCGCUCGGUGCAGGCUGACGGCCUGUUAUGGGGAACGUCCAAACUGGUUCCAGUGGGUUACGGCAUCAAGAAGCUCCAGAUCGCAUGUGUGGUGGAGGACGACAAGGUGGGGACAGACCUGCUAGAGGAAGAAAUCACCAAGUUUGAAGACUUUGUCCAGAGUGUCGAUGUAGCAGCUUUCAACAAGAUCUGAUUGCAGUGUCUAUUUCUGUCUUUUGUCACGCCUUGUUUCUGAUUGUGUCAACGGUUAAUAGUAAUAAAACAAACUCUUGCACUGAA